AGCCUUGGCUCCGGUUUGGGGUAAGCUGAAGAUCAGUUCGCAUUCAGAGAGACCAUGGGCCUCUCGGGAUCGCAUUUGCACUUCAACCGCUUCAAGGAUGUGAGCCCCUGGACCACUGAGGUCAUUGUGGUCAAUAACAUGCAGACCCCGGCGCUGAUUCUGGAGGCAACCCAGCACCACAAGCCCUCUCCAGACUCCGUGAUAGAGCACUAUGUGCCGCCUGGGGAGCACGCGAUCAUGUCUGGGUGGCUCCAGGAACCCCGGGCCACACUCUACAUCCGCACAGGCCUGCACUCGGCGAAGGAGCUCAAAGUCCCCAACUUUGGGCGCAUCGUCAUCAGCAACGAUCCACACGGUCUUCGCGUGGAGACAUGCGAUGAGGACUUGAGCGUGGCGGAGAUGCCCGCCGAGGUGGCGGAGACCUUGGCGGGCAGCGACACGGUGCCCAUGAUGUUGCGCAAGGAGAGCUUCAAGGACUCCUCCAAAACCAUCCGCCUUCCGAAGCUCUCCAUGGCAGGAGCGUGAGAGAGAGACUCGGGCCAAUUCGCAAGCGGCGCUGGGUUGAACACUGGCACCCCAGGGCCCCAUUUGCAACAUGGGUCAGGGGCUUCAGGUGAUCCCA